AUGUCAUCAACUUUGAAUAAAUUAGGAAUUGAAUAUAAAGAGAUCACUUAAGCUCAAGUUGAAGAAGCAACACAAUCAAUAAAAUCUAUGAGGCUAGAAUAGGUUUUGAUUGGAGAGUGCGAAAAUUUUGGUUGGCAAAAUCUAAUAAAUAGGCAUGAUUUAAUUACAAUAAAAAGUUUAGAUAAAUCAACGAAAGAAUAAAAAAAAGCUUAAAAUUAGACUUUAUUUAUAUUUAGCAAUAAAAAUCCAAUAAGAAAGGGAAUAACAAAACUUAUUAAAAAUUAGUAAGAUUAUUUGGAAUAAAUUUAGAAAUUACACCUACUUUAUAACACUAAUAGCUGCCUUAUGUCUAAUACCAUAUUGUAUAAAUGAGAAAAGAUUAGCAAUAAGUAUAGAAGUAGUUUGUAAUAUAAUAUUUGGAUUUGAUAUUCUUUUAUUUAUAAUAGCCUAUGGGGUGAUUUUGGAUAAGAAAAGUUAUUUAAGAGAUUGUUGGAAUAUUGCUAAUGUUUUGGCUUUUAUUUUUACUUGGUUUAUAUUUUUGGAAGAUAAUAAAGUCAAUGAUGUAAUAAAAACGAUUAGACUUUUGAGAUUAUUUAGAUUGAUUUAAGAAAUACCUCUUCUAAGAAUUUAAUUUACAGCUUAUGUGAGUAGUUUCUUGAAACUUAAAUAAGUUCUUAUUCCAAUAUUUUUGGUGAUGAUUUAUUUUGCAAUAAUUGGAUUACAUUUAUUUAUAGGAUUGACAGAAAGAAGAUGUAGAAUAACACCAGAACCAGUAGAUGGAGUAUGGUUAGCUGAUGAUGAAGUCUUAAAACUUUGUGGAAUAUGGUAAUGCCCAGAAGAACUAUAUUGUGGUAGUCCAGUAGAUUAUGGACUUCCAAAGAAUGCUACCGAAAAUGAUGUAGCUGAAUUUAGUUGGGACUUUAUCAAAUUUGAUAAUUUUUUUCAUUCAUUAUUAGUUGUUUUUACAUUUCUAAAUGUUACAGGAUGGUCUGGAACAACAUUUAUGGUAUUUUUAUUAUUAAUUUUUAUCUUAGUUUUGGAAAGCCAUGACUACAUAUGUAACAGCAACCUAUUUUUUAGUUUUAAUAGUUUUAUUAGCAUUUAUAUUAUCAAAUUUAUUAUUAGCUUUGUUUUAUGAGUCAUUUAUGGAAAAAUCCUCAAUAAAAAAUUCAUCAAGUAAAGCUAAGAAAUAAGAAUAGGAAAUUGAGGAGGAUUUGAAAAAAAAAAAUUAAGAAUAAUUAAUGAAUAGAUUGGCUUUAAUGAGUAAGUAAAAAGGACAUUUAGUUAGUCAUAAUUAAUCAUUUAAUGGUCAAUUAAAUUUUGAAUAAUAAUUUUAGUUUGAUUAGACAACCUUAUAAUAACCAUAAUAAAUUAGAUUUUUUGAUUCUCUUUCAAAUUCAAAAAAUUUUAACUUUAUCAACAAUUUGUGUAUAAUAUUAUCAGGCUUAGCCAUCAUUAUAGAUUAUAAGGAUAUUUCGAAAAAGGCUUUAGAAUAAUUGCAAAUUGUAGAUUUUUUUUGUAUAAUAUAUUCCUUUGUGGAAAUGGCUAUAUUAAUUACAGGGAGAGGACUUAAAGGAUACUUUUCUAAAGACAUAAACAAAUUCGAUUUCUUUAUUAUUUCAAGUUAAUGGAUCCUAGUUUUUGUAUUAGUUGUAGUAGAUGAACCUUUGAUAAUAAAUCAUAAUGUAUAUGUAACUUUCUUUAAAUCAUUAAAAAUAUUGAGAAUCUUUAGAUUUGUAUACAAUGCUAAGAUCUUUUAUACAAUCACUUUAUUGAUGAGAUCAUUGGUAUUCACGUUGACAAGACUCAAAAACAUUUUGGCUCUUUGGGCCUGUCUUGUAAUUCUAAUAGCAAUAGUAGGAAAAAGUUUACUUUAAAAUAAAUUAAGAGAAGAAAAUAUGACUAUUUAUUAUGAUGACUUUGGAUCAGCCUUAAUGGCAGCAGUUAAUAUAUUUUAUAAUGAAGAAUGGCAUGUGACUAUGUAUAAAUAUGCUAGACAUACCUAUGUUUCAUUUUUUUAUUCUAUUUUGAGUGUUAUUUUGGGACAGAUAUUUUUCAUUAGAUUGCUUAUGGCUAUAUUUUUGAAUGAAUUUGUUUAAUAAUUAUAAAAAGUAGAAAAUGAAUUAAAACCAAUCGAUUUUAAGUAAUUUAUAUAGUAAAUUGUAUAAUGUUUAAAUUUUAAGGAUAAAUAAAAAUAAAAAAGAAUUACCAAUUAUUAAUCUUAAAAGUCCGAUGAAAAGAAUUAAUUAGCAGAAUAAAUUAAUAAAAAAGAGAAAAAAGGAUUGAGAAAAGAAAAUAAGACAAACUCAAUUAUUAAUUAAAAUAUUCCCCAAUAAGAACUUGAAGAAUUAUAAAAUUGGCUAUAAGUUGAUUAAUAAAAAUAAGAAUAAUAAGAAAUAAAAUCAAAUUUAAGUAACAACAAUAAUUAAAAUGAAAAGGAAAACCCUUCCAAUCUAAAUUCAUCCAAUAGCAAUAAUAAUUCAUCAAAAAUUCGUUCAAUAGUUGAUUCAUUUAUUUUCUAAUUAUUCUCUUUGCUUGUUGUUCUAGCUAGUACAAUUAGAAUUGGACUAACAACACCAUUUCUUGAUCCAAAUUCAACUACAAGCUAAAUAUUGAAAAUAGUCAAUAUAAUUACAACUAUACUAUUUAUAAUUUAGAUCAUUCUAAAUGUUAUAGCAAGAGGAUUUAUAUAAGGAGAAGAUUCCUACAUUUAAAGAUCCCCUUAUAAUGUGCUAAAUGUAUUAGUGACACUAGUAGAAGUUAUCAGUUUAUUUUUGCCUUACCACACAGUUUUUCACUUUUUUUCUAGUUUGAGAAUUAUAGAAUUUAUUAGAAUAGGAGCAUUUUUGAGUUAAAGCAUAAAUUAUAUUUCUUAGGCAUUAGUAAAAGCAUUUCAAACUAUGUUACAAUUAAGUAUUUUUUGUUUUAUAAUAUUACUAAUAUAUGGUACAUUUGCAACUAAAUUACUUAAAGGAUAAAUGUAUUAUUGUUCAAGUUUAUAAGACGAAUUUGAGAUAAAUGAUAAAUGGGAUUGUAUGGAUUAUGGAGGAUCAUGGGUAAAUAGAAUUUUAGGAUAUGAUAACAUAUUUGAUAGUGCAUUAACAUUAUUUAUAACUGCAACAACUGAAGCAUGGUUAGAAUUAUUAGUAAAUACUUGGAGUGCCAGAGGAGUAGAUUUAACUCCAGUAAAUAAUCAUAAUAGAUGGUGGGCUGUCUAUUAUUAAGUAUUUUUCUUUAUUGGAAAUAUAUGCAUGCUUAAUAUGUUUAUAAGUUUGGUUGUUGAAACUUACUAAUAGACUAAGAUAAAGGCUUAAGGAAUGUCAGAAUUGAAUAGUAAUCAAAGAGAGUGGUUGUCCAUUAAAGAGAGCAUUAAUCAUUUAAAACCAAGAAGAUUAUAUGAGAAACCAAAGACUAAACUUGGUUUAUUUAUAUUUAGUAUAGCAGAAAGUAGAGUUACAAAAUAUUUUUGGCAUGCUCUAAUAUUUUUAAAUACAUUUACUCUUGCCUUAUAUUACAACAGACAAGAUAAGUAAUUUUCUAAUGCUCUAGAUUAUAUAAAUCUUAUUUGUACCUUAGCCUUCACAGUUGAAGUAUUAUCAAGAGUGAUAGCUAAGUUUCCUAAUAUUUACGAUAGAGACCCUUUCAUAAUCGUAGAUGUAAUAGGAAUUAUAAUCAAUCUGGUAAACUAAUUUAGUAUAUCAUAAAUGGAUGAUGAAUUUUAUCUUCGAAGAGGAAUUGAAGCACUCUCUGUUGCAUUCUAAUUAUUGAGAAAUUAUUAUAUAAUAAAGUAAUUUUACUGUUUUAAUAUAUAGACGAUUUCCAGAAUUGGAAAAGCUAUUUCAUACUAUAUUCUCUGUAGUACCAUCAGCGUUAUCUAUGUUAUUUAUAAUGUUCAUAUUUUUAUUCAUUUUUGCUUGUUUAGGAAUGGAUUUAUUUGGUUAUCUGAGACCUCAAAGUAAAAUGGAAGGAUUUGAUUUACAUUUUAAGAAAUUUACAACUGCCAUGUUUUCUUUGAUAAGAGUGGCUAGUUCUGAAGAAUGGUGGGCUCUUCUUAUUGAUUCUGUACAUGUACGUACUCCUGAUUUUGCUUGCAUAUAUAUAAAUGGAUAUGAGGAGUUUUAAGAAUAUGGCUAUAAUGGUUGUGGUACAUACUGGGCAUAUGUAUUUUAUGUGUCUUUUCAUUUGAUAUUUUCACUUGUGAUUUUAAAUUUAUUUAUUGCAUCCAUAUUAGGAGCUUAUGAAGAACAUGCUAAAUAAGAAUAAAGUGCUAUAUCUAAAUAUUAAUUGCAUGAUGUAUUAAAUUAUUGGGCUUAAUAUGAUCCUAAUGGCACUGGAUUUUUGAAUUAUAAACAAUUCUGGAAGUUAUCAUCUGAAAUUGCUAUUUGUUUUGGUGUACCUGUAAAGGAACUAUUAGACCCUGCUAAUAAGAAGAAUUUUCUUAGAGCUUUAAAUAUUCCAUUAUAUGAAGAUGGAGAAGGGUUGAUUGGUUAUCUCUUUCAUGAUGUAAUAGUGAGUUUAACAAGAUUAUCAGUAGAAUUAAAAUAUGGUGUUAGAGAGUAUAAUAUUUUUCAAUUAUCAUAGUUUGGAAUCUGAAACAUUUAAAGGUAAGGAAUAUGUUCAUCAUUAUUACAAGAAAUUCAAAAAAAGUCCUUAUUAUAGUGGUUAAAUGUCAACAAUGAUUUAUUUAUAAGGAAAAGCAAGAAUGCUUAUAAAUAAAAGAAAAGGAAUUAAGUUUCUUGAUUUAGGAGCAUUAAAAUAAGAACUUUAAAACUAGAAUGAAGGUGACAAAUUUGAUAAAUCUUGA